AACCUUGCCGGUGGCUCGGCUUUCGUGCUACCCUUCUUCGAUCAAACUCCCAUGACACUCGGUCAUUCAAGUCCUGAGUUUACAUGCGAUUUACCACCUGCUCUGGAUCCUGCCGGAGAUGGUCUGCUGUCGGCGAAAAAUUUAUUCUCGUCAGAUGAAGCGAUCGAAAGACAAGUCAAGCGCCACCAGGCGAUUGUGCGCGUGCCAUCUGUUUCCUAUGACGAUCUGGGCGAGAUUGGCGAGGAUCCCCGGUGGAACACAUUCUAUGAGCUUCUUCCGACUAUUGAAGCAUCUUAUCCCACUCUUCACAAGCGGGCACGGUUGGAGAAAAUCAAUACGUUUGGUCUACUCUACACCCUAGAAGGCUCUGAUCCUUCUCUCAAGCCAACUGUCCUGCUCGCUCAUCAGGAUGUCGUCCCUGUGGCCGACCCGACAACAUGGACAUAUCCUCCAUUUGAUGCACACUUUGACGGUGAGUAUAUCUGGGGCCGAGGUGCGUCCGACGACAAAAACAGUCUCACCGGAAUUUUAUCCGCCGUUGAGGGUCUUCUUUCCCAGCCGGACUGGGCCCCGAGACGAACUUUGGUUCUUGCAUUCGGAUUUGACGAGGAGGUGGGCCUCAACCAAGGUGCUGCGCAGAUCAGCAAAGUCGUUCAUGAAAGAUACGGCGACGACAGUGUUGCCAUAAUCCUUGAUGAGGGAGGUUUCGGUUCACAACCUCUCGACGGGGAUACCGUUUAUGUGCAUCCCGCAAUCACCGAAAAGGGUCACAUCAAUCUCUUCUUCGAGCUUCACGCCAAAGGUGGUCACAGCUCUGUUCCUCUGCCACAUACGAGUAUCGGUAUUAUCUCCGAACUCGUUGUCGCUCUCGAGUCCAACCCAUAUGGACCGGUGAUCACCGAAAACAGCCCCAUUCAUAAACGCCUGUUGUGCCAAGCACGUUAUUCGCCAAAUACCCAGCCUGAAAUCGAAGCACUCCUGAAAGUCAAUGACUUUGAGCGGCUCGCAGUUGAAUUUGCAAAGACUUCUCCGUUGAACCGCUUUGUCGUGCAAACCUCGCAGGCUGUUGAUUUGAUCAACGGUGGGGUGAAAAUCAACGCCAUGCCCGAGGCCGUUACUCUAGCUGUCAAUUAUCGCGUUGCCCAUCAUCAACGGCCCGUAGAAGUGCAACAGCAGGCUAUCAAAGUAAUCGCAGGUGUCGUCGAGAAGUAUGGCCUUCAGGUCAAUGCUUUCGAUGGUGACAAAGAGUAUCACGAUCAUAUCGCAGGGCUUUAUCCUGAUCAUUCCAGCUAUGGCAAUAAUUUUUAUCCCCAGGAUCAAUUCGACGUCGAGUACAACGGUACUCUUGUUGUGCGCGCUACAAAAGCAGAUGCAGCACCCGUGUCUCCCGCUAGUGGACCAGUGUGGGAUGUCUUCUCGGGAACAAUCCGACACACCUUUGGGUCAGAUGGCAAAAAUGUCGUACCGGUCGGGGAUAUCAUGACUGGCAAUACCGAUACCAGGCACUAUUUGAACCUGACUCGCAAUGUUUAUCGUUGGACACCGGCUGUCGGCCGUGGACUUGACAACAUUCACACAGUUGAUGAACGCGUGAGCAUUUUUGACCACCUGAAUGUGGUCAAAUUCUACUACGAUUUCAUCCGCAACUUCGAUGUGGCGGAUCUGUAA